AUGUCGUACUACGACAUUGACUCCAUCCUCACGGAUGCAGAGAAAGUCCCCUGCCACUUCGAAAUCGACGUUCGUGACCUCGGCCAUCUCGACAACUCCCCCCACGGCCUCAAAGCCCAAACCCCUCUAACCCUCCCCCUCUGGCUCGCCGAAAUGCUCGCCCUCGCCUCAACACCCAACUCCUCCGCUCCCCUGACCCUCAACCUCCCCCCAUGCCUCUCAACAACCGUCCUCGCCGCUCUGAAAGCAGACCCGCGCGCCGUUCCCCUCCGCGACCAAAGUCCUCACUUCUACGGUGUCGGCGUCAAAAUGCUAGAGUUGUUCGAUGAGAAGGAGAUAGCGGAGGUUUUGAGAAAGACGUUUGUCGUGAGGGCGGGUGAGGUUGGGCUGCACGCGAGGAAGGCUGAUGAGGCGGUGGGGGGCAAUGGGGAGGAGUUUUUGAGGGGCUUGGAGGAGUGGGAGAGGGGGUUGUUUAGGAGGGGACAUGAGGGUGUUAAGGGGGCGAAGGAGUGGACUGAUAAAGUUAAGAAGACAUGA